AUGGCUUCCCCAGGCAACAAAAUCGAAGCUUGGUCUCCGAACCCUUUCACCCACGCACCCAAUGCAAAUGUCUCCGACUCUCGUACAAUGACAUCCCCACAAGCAGUCGCCGCACGAGAGAAGUCGGCAGCAGUGAUGGCAGCGCUGAAGAAGGGUGAUGCGGGUGAAGCAGACAGAUUGAUGGGAAAGCAGGAGAAAUACGAUAGCUUGGUACCCGGUAAGUCAAACUUCCGAGGAUUGAUGCGAGACAUUGGGAAGGGUACGAAAGCUGAUGGACAAGGAUGA